AUGUUCCAGAGCCUCAUGGCCACUGAUGGGACCUCUACCUCAUCUACACAGACAACCACUGAUAGGACAUCUAUCUCAUCUACACAGACAACCACUGAUGGGACUUCUACCUCAUCUACACGGACAACCACUGAUGGGACCUCUAACUCAUCUUCACAGACAACCACUGAUGGGACCUCUACCUCAUCUACACAGACAACCACUGAUGGGACCUCUACAUUAUCUACACGGACAGCCACUGAUGGGACAUCUACCUCAUCUACACAGACAACUACUGAUGGGACCUCUACCUCAUCUACACAGACAACCACUGAUGGGACAUCUACCUCAUCUACACGGACAACCACUGAUGGGACCUCUACAUUAUCUACACGGACAGCCACUGAUGGGACAUCUACCUCAUCUACACAGACAACUACUGAUGGGACCUCUACCUCAUCUACACAGACAACCACUGAUGGGACAUCUAUCUCAUCUACACGGACAACCACUGAAGGGAACUCUACCUCAUCUUCACAGACAACCACUGAUGGGACAUCUACCUCAUCUACACGGGCAACCACUGAUGGGACCUAUACCUCAUCUACACAGAAAACCACUGAUGGGACCUCUACCUCAUCUACACGGACAACCACUGAUGGAACCUCUACCUCAUCUACACAGAAAACCACUGAUGGGACCUAUGCAGCAUCUUCACAGAAGGCAGCAACAAUCUCAGGAAUGAUGUCCUUCAGAUCAUCGACCUCGAAAGAGUUGUCUAACCAUGUUUUCUUGAUCCAUUACAGGGAGCCAACACGUCAUAUUUUGGCGGAGAAUAGCCCGGUGACGAAAAUAGACGGUGGUUUCCUUGCUGAGUGUGACUCACCCCACAAUGGUGGAGGAAAGCCAGAGAAUCUUGAGAAAAAACACCCACCUGCGGCCAGUACCCACUACAUAUAUACCUGGUUAGUGACCAUAGACGGCCAGACGCUUUACUACUCGGCCCAGUACCCACUACAUAUAUACCUGGCUAGUGACCAUAGACGGCCAGACACUUUACUACUCGGCAUCAGUACCCACUACAUACAUACCUGGCUAGUGACCAUAGACGGCCAGGCGCUUUACUACUCGGCCCCAGUACCCACUACAUAUAUACCUGGCUAG